GUUUAUACGGGUGUUUUAUUCUACAGGUCGCUAAUGGAGCCCCAACGGCAGAUAGACAAACGACUGGACAUCCCUGACCAUGUGCAUUACAUCAUCGCCUUCAUCGUCCUCAUCAUCGGCACGUUAGGGGUCACCGGAAACACGCUGGUCAUGUUCGCCUUCUACAGUAAUAAAAAGUUGAGAAGUCUGCCUAAUUAUUUUAUAAUGAACCUGGCGGUGAGUGAUUUCCUCAUGGCCAUCACACAAUCUCCAAUACUCUUCAUCAACAGCCUGUAUAAAGAGUGGAUGUUUGGAGAACUGGGAUGUAAAAUAUAUGCUUUCUGUGGUGCUUUGUUUGGCAUCACCUCUAUGAUAAAUCUGUUGGCCAUCUCUAUCGAUCGAUAUCUGGUCAUCACCAAACCACUGCAAGCCAUCCAGUGGAACUCCAAAUGCAGAACAUCUCUGGCCAUCCUCUCCAUCUGGAUCUAUUCGCUGGCCUGGAGUCUCGCACCUCUCAUCGGAUGGAGUUCAUACAUCCCUGAAGGUUUGAUGAUGUCAUGCACGUGGGAUUACGUGUCUCAGACUCCAGCGAGCAGAAGUUACACUAUGAUGCUGUGCUGUUUCGUCUUCUUCAUCCCGUUGGCUGUUAUCUUCUAUUGUUACCUGUUGAUGUUCCUCUCCGUCCGUCAGGCCGGCAGGUGUGUGUUCUCCUCAACGCUCUUCAGUCUGACAGGGGCUGAUGGACCAAAGUCGGGUUUUGUGAAGCAGCAGUCCAUGAAGAGCGAGUGGAGACUGGCUAAAAUAGCCGCCUUGGUCAUAGCGGUGUAUGUUCUGUCCUGGGCGCCCUACGCGUGCGUCACACUCGUCGCCUGGGCCAGGUACGCAAACAUCCUCACGCCGUACUCGAAAACACUGCCAGCCAUCCUCGCCAAAUCAUCUGCCAUCUACAACCCUUUCAUAUAUGCUAUCGUUCUUAGCAAAUACCGAGCCACACUAGCUGAGAAGGUUCCAGGUUUAUCCUGUCUGUCUCGCGUUCAGAAGGACUGUCUCACCUCUUCCACAAACAGCGACGCAUCAGUUCACGACAGUCACACCAACCAACUCCACACAACCACACACAACUCCUGUACUAUGGUCAUGGGAGAACUGAAGCGGAUGAAGAACACGUCACAUGUAUCCACAGCAUCAUCUGUCAAACAGAAGACCAUCAUCAAAUCUUCCUCACUGACCAUGGAGAAGCCUGCCGUUCAGAUGAAAGAGUCUCUUAGCCUAUGUGAGCGAGAUCGUGUCUCCGGUUCUCUCGCCAUGGCAACUGCACCGACGGUCAUCUACAAUACAAAAAGCAGGAGUGCUGACAUGACCUCUGACCUCCCGAUUGACUCCUCUGACACUCCUCAUCAGUCCAGCUUCUGAGAGAGAAGAUGUGGAGAAGUCUUGAUGUCACUGUCAGGAGUCACUGGAGACGACAGACACACUUCUCACAUGAACUGUAAAGUGUCUGAGAUCCCAAACGAAAUAUCCGUGCUCGCACACCAGCAGAGGAAUAACUGUUUUUGGGAAGUUUAGUUUCUGUUCUUGCUUCAGUGUGUAUGAAACACAGCAUCAGUUGCUGCCAUGACAACAGCUGAAGCUUCCAAUGGAGGGGUUGAAAAAGAAGAAAACCGGUUCAUAAAUACCAUUUGAAUGUAUGAUUCCAUUAAGGAAUAAGCAUUGUAUCUUAAUCUUUGUUUAGGUCUGAAAUUGAUCUGAAUUUGUUCCAGACCAUCGGAUAUGAUGUUACAUUGUUUUGGAAACAAGACUGCUGACCCGAGUUGUGUUAUAUGUUAUGAUAUGGUGCUUUGUAAAUAUCUUAAUUCUGUUUGAGCUGCUUUUCUGACCAAUAUACUUCUCUAGAAAACACUGUUAGGUGUGAUUCUGUAUUUACCUUUAGGGUUUUUUUGUCUAUAAAGUUGAAAUCUUUUCCUUAUAACAGAGGAGAACGGAUGACAGAGUUCUUCUUGCAUGAACUUGCAGUUUCAUAAAAUGAUGUUAAUUGUUCUGUUAGUUCUUAAAGUCCCCGUGAACCGGAAGUUGCGAUCGUUUUUACUUCCGUAUUCUCCAAAAGGGGCUGUGUGGCUGCAGCCGAUGGGGCGAGUGGCGCUCCACUCAAAAGCGAAAAUACGUCACCUCCACUCGAAGAAACGGCGCUGUUUUAAUGUCAAUAAAUACUUGUAAUGUUCUAAUGCUACAAAAUUAUUGUUUCUAUGUUAUUAAAUACCUUUAAUGUUACUAAAUCCAGACAUUGCUUCCAGGUUUGUAUUUAGA